AACGCGGCAUUGGCAGAGCUCUUGUCUGAGAUGCACGACAAACUCUCCGAAGCGGUUAAGCUAUACGACAAGCUUCUCACUGCGCAGGUGACACACCCACCAUGGAGGGCAGCCAGUACACAACCUACUCCGGCGCCAUAUUCCCCGCAGUACCAGGCUCAAUCAACGUACGGCCAGUGGUCAAUUCCUGCUCAAGCGGCGGCAGCGUCGCCACAGGCCCAAACGGCCCAAGUGUCAUAUUACGCGGGCCCUGAGAGACAAUCUAACGGCGUGGCUGCCGGUCAGUCCACCGCAUAUGGAGCCCCUCCGCAGCAGGCUACACCUUUGGAAUACGCGCAAUACAACCAGCAAUCGUCGUCUUAUGGUGUUGCAUCACCUACAUCAGUGUCCAUCCCACAGUAUCAAGGGUACGCACCUCCGGCCGAAGCCCCUCCUGCAAUUCCCGCUCCUGCUACCGUCCAAUCACCACCUCCUUCUCAGCAACAGUACCAAACCGCUCCCCAGACGCCCGUAUUUACCUCGUCGAUGCAACCUCCUGCAACCUCCCCGCCGUCUCAGACUCCGCUAGUUCGUCACAACACUGUUUCCGCCUACCACCCCUCGCAGCAGGCAAACCCUCAGGCGCAGUAUCUUUCGCGAGCGAAGACCGUGUCUCAUUCACCGCAGCAGCUACAGCAAUUGCAACAGGCCGCGGUGCCUCAGCAGCUACCAAACUUCCCCAUCGUGCCCACAGCACCGCCGCAGGGAUACCAGACUUACACUCCGCCUACACCCGUAGAACCAGAAAGAGAGGCACUGCUGAUCGAUCUUUAGGAAGUAAAUUAAUCUGUACGACUGUACUUUUCAUGCUGUUCUGGAACGCGGAGAAUUCUCUACUCUUUAUCGUGGC